CAGCUGCAGUUCACAUCUCAGUCAGUACCUAGCAGAGCUGCUGGUGCCUCCACAGGACAUCUCCCGAGCACUGCCCUGGCUGAACGAGGCGAGGCACCAAGACCGGGCUGCCCAGCCCCAGGCCUCCACGCGGGCACAAAGCUGAGUCUUGCCUCCUGAGUUGAUCCUCCUGGAGAAGUGACCCCCAAGACGAGUCACUGGGCACCCCUACAGCCUCUUUCUAUGAUUUGUUCUGAAUUUGGCUGGCUGUGGGGACAGGCUCCCAGGGGCUGCCUAGGUCUCAGUGCGGUGGGAGCAGCCACCUCUCCAGCCACCAUGGGUGCCGGGAACUGAGGGGACAGCCUCUGCAGCCUCCGUGGAGGCCCUAAGGACAGGAUGGAGAACAAAGCCAUGUACCUGAACACUGUGAGCGACACCGGCUCCAUCUUCGAGGAGCCCUUCGAUGGCAGGAGCCUGUCCAAGCUGAACCUGUGUGAGGAUGGUCCAUGCCACAAGCGACGGACAGGUGGCUGCUGCACCCAGCUGGGCUCCCUGUCGGCCCUGAAGCACGCUGUCCUCGGGCUCUACCUGCUGGUCUUCCUGAUUCUCGUGGGCAUCUUCAUCUUAGCCG